AUUUUUUAGAAGUCCUUUAUUUUUCAUUCAAAUUGCACUCAUAUUUAGUUCAUAAUGUUUCUUGUCCCCCCAAUGAAAAUUGGUCUUGUUUGCUGGAGUUCUGUUGUUGUCCAUUUACAGUCAACUUUGUCCAAUCCGACGCGCUUUUAAUGUUUUAGCCUGACCAAUCAGCGCAGCUAAGGAGCGCCUAACGACUGUGCAUCCAAUGGCUAAGCUCGAAAAUAGUGACGCAGGCUGUUAAAGAAAAGCGCUCUAGAGCAGCCCGCGAAGAGUUGAAGUUUAAUUCCUUUCCUACCAUCGGGCGGGAGAUGGAUGUGUACGUUUUGGCAUUAUAAAACUAAAAUUUAUAUUUGGACUUCAUGAGGUUUCACGUAUAAUUAUUGCGUUUUAUACGUUUAUUCAUCUCUGGAGUUAUUUGUUUCCGCUGUUGAUGUGGUUUUGUACCGGAUAAAGCUCGACACAAAAGAUGAGCUCUCUUCUCUUUGAGCGGCCUGCUGAUCCCCUUGUUGAGGGAGGAUUAGCUGAGAGUGAUUCAGACAGUGGAAUGGGCUCACCUAUGGACCAGCCUGUGACUGACACAAACAUGGCUAUUGACGACCAGCAAGAUUCAGAUGACGAUGAGAUUGCAGUAAGUCGGAAGGGUCGUUGUCGAAAGGCGUUGCAGGACAGCGACAGUGAUGAAGAGCGGGAAGAGGCUGGAAUGACAAACGCUCUGGUGCUGUCAGAGUCCAGCGAAGAGGAGGCAAAAAACAAAGAGACGAAGAGCAUCAAAAAGAAGCCAGGCAAUAGAAUAUCCCGCAUGUCAAUGGAUAGUGAAACGAGUGAGCCAGAGAAGGAGGAGGAUGUUCAAGUCAAACCUAAAGAAGCAAAGAAAAAGAGGGAGAAGUCACAAAGACGCAAAGAAAAAGUCAAACGCAACGCUGACCUUGUAAAACGACUCAAAGACAAAACAGAGGAUGUCGCUCCGCUCAAAACACUUAAUGAUAGCGGAUGUCUGCUGGGAGACUCUGAUCUGUUUGAUGCACAACUGGGGGACGAUUCUGAACAUAAUUCGGAGGAAGACGACGAAGAGUCUCUGAAUGCCAUCAGAUCAGCUGUGAAAAAGAAGGCGAAACGCAAACCUCAGAUGUCUGAGUUCAGUGGAGAUGAAGAACAAGAGAACAAGCCACAUCGAAAGGAGAGGAAGGCUGCUAAAGCCAGCAAGGAAGCCAUUCGACAGCUUCACAGUGAGAGUCAGAGGCUGGUGCGAGAGUCCUUAGUCGGUCUACCAUAUCACAUGCCAGAGCCUAAAACUAUUGAUCAGUUCUUCAGGAGAAGACCUCGCCCUGAGGGUCCUGCCAUGGCUUUGCUCAAGUCUGCCAAAUACCAGGUUUGUGUUUUAGAGACCAAUGCAUCGCCCCCUCCAGAUCAAAACCAAGCAAAGACCACCCAUCACCUACCUGAGCAGGAUUCAAAUCCUCAGACAGACUCAUCUGUGGCUACCACCAACCAGUCGUCCACCACAUCCCUUUCCUUAACAGAUACCACUACCAGCACUCACCAAGAUGCUCCAACCGAUGAAGAAUCACAAACAGAACCUGAUAUAAGCACUAAAGACCCCACACCUGUGGGUGAAGAGAGAGACGCUCCCAUUGAAGAAGCCGAACAGGUAGAUCAUGCACGGCAACAGAUCUCGGCUGAGCGGAUCCAGACCGAGGGCUCUACACAGCCUGCAGUAACUGAUCCUGCCCCUCAGGUGCUAAAACCUCGAAAGGAUAAGCUGGCCAGGCUAAGAGAGCUUGGUCUAGAUCCUCCACCAGUGGCAAAAUUGCAUGCAGAUGAGGGGGCUUUUGUUCAACUGGAGCUGCCCCAGGAAAACCCAGCUCUGAAAGCACUACAGGAACGGUUCAUGAAGCACGUCCAGCCCAUUGUCCGCCCUAAAGGGGAGCGCAAAUUGCAACUUAGCGUGGUGAGAAAAGACAGCGCACCCUCUGGACAGGAGAAACUGCACACUGAAUCCAUUACAGUCACUGUCAAUGAGGAAGAGGAGGAGCCUGCAAGAGCAAAACCAGGUGAGAAACUGGUUCUCUUGAAGUCUCGUUUGCAGCAGGCCAUGGCUAACCGCAGGAAAGAAGAAAGGGAGCGCAAGGCUGCUCUGCAUCGGCUUGACAAUGAGGAUUGUGAUGUAGAGGAAGAGGAAGCUGAGAUGACAGAGUCAGAGGAUGAAGAGGGUAUUGAUGAGUUGUUAGGGGAUGGCAGUGCAGAUGAGGAAGAUGAAGCAGUAGAGAAGGAAGAAGGUGAAGAUGAAGUUUCUCUGAAAACAUGCCCCUCCCCAGGCUUUAAGAGUCCCUCUCCCACCCCAGCAGACACUGAUGGGACACUGAUGCUCUUUGCUGGCAACUCCUGCUCCCGCACAGGUGAUGGUGUGAGAAGGUCAGGACCAGUUGGCCAAGAAACUGACAAUAAAAUGGAGGAGGAUGAUACUUCUUCAAUGGCUAAGGACAGCAGUCAUAACAGCAGCUUUGAGCUAAUGGGCUCAAUGAUUCCUUCAUAUCAGCCAGUCAAUAGAGCUGCAGGCAGGGGUCUGUCUGCCAGUGCGUUUCGCUCUCCUUCCCCUUGCCUCUUCAGACCCAGUUUUCUUGGCUCUGCUUCAAAGAGCUCAGGUAAACUGUCUGAGCCCUCCCUCUCUCUACCUGUGGAGGACUCGCAAGACCUUUACGCACCCUCGUCUCCAAGCGAGUCUGCCCUACCUCCGGCUGGGGACUCCCAGUGUCGCUUCUCACUGGAGGAGGACACCCACUCCCAGCUCCUGGAUGCCGAUGGCUUCCUAAACGUUGGUCCUCGCGGUGCGCCCAGCCGCUCGCACAAGCGGCAGCUUAUACUAGACAGCCUGGAUGAAAACGCCAUGGAUGCUAACAUGGGUGAGCUUCUAGGGCUCUGCUCUGGGGGUUUUAGCUCAGGGCAGACCAAGCCGGGGACAUCUCAGCCUGGAACAGAGGAUGAGCUGCUGGGACUAUGCUCUGGAGCCUUCACCACACAGCCUGAAGAACCAGCCGGCAGGCCAAAGGAGAAGAACAACAAGGUCUUAAAGCCGGAGGAGCAAAGAGGAGAUAGUAAUGGCAGUUCAGAUACAGACAUGGACCAGCUGCUGGCUCUCUGUUCUGGAAAGUUUACAGGAAGUCCAUCUGCUUCUUCCAUGCGCUCGGUGUCCAGUCCAGAAAAGUCUUCUGACACAAAGCGCAGCAAAAACAAAAUUGAAGAAGAGGAAGAGGAAGAGGAAGGUGACUGUGAAUUCCGACUCAUGUCUGAUGUUGACAGUCUCAGUGAGAAGGAGGAAAAUGAGGAUGAAUCUGAUGCUGAGGGGGAGGACAUUGAAAAUGAGGAGGAUGAGGAGGAAGAGGAAAGAGAAGCAGUCUUUGGGAAACGUCCUGGAAAAAAGAAAAUGCGUUUGGCAGAGUUUGUGGAUUCCGAGGCAGAGCUGUCAGGCAGUGAUCUAGGCAGUGAGGAUGAGGAUGAUGAAGGUGGUGAUGAAUAUGAAGAGGAAGAUCUACAAGAGGAGCUUCCAUCAGAUGAGGAGCUGAUGGACCAAGUUAACAAAAUUCACAUGAAGCAUGUGUUAGAUGAUGAUAAGAGACAACUGCGACUGUAUCAGGAACGUUACCUUGCUGAUGGUGAUCUCCACUCCGACGGACCUGGACGAGCUCGUCAGUUCCGCUGGAAAAACAUCGAUGAUAACUUUGAGUUUGGUGGAAUGGAUCCUAAUGGAGAGGAGGAAGAGGAUGAUGAAGAAAUCGAUCAAGUAGAGUUACAAAGACGCAAAGAGCGACUAGAGAGAGAGCAGUGGAUAAGAGAACAGAAUAAAGCUCAUGCAAAAAAGGAGGAAGAUGUGGAUGAGGAUGAAGAAAAAAUUGGAGAUGAGGAUAGUCAGUUUAUGAAGCUUGCCAAGAAGUUCACUGCCAAGACCCUUCAAAAGAGAGAUACUCCAGCCGUUCCUCAAGAGAAGGUUGCUCCCAGUGCCAACCAGUUCCGAAAACCAUUUGAACCCACUGUGGUCAAAAGAGGCUCAUUGCUCAGUCAGCCUCGAUCAAUGUUGCAGAAGUUAGCCAGCAUAUCCGACAGCAACCCUUUGGCCCCUCGUAACUCAAGAGGUUUCCUCUUCCAAACCCUGUCACCGGAAAAAGCAACCCCCACAUCAGAUGGGCCCAAAAAACAGAUUAAGAAAAGAGGACUGAUGGACUCUUUGGGCCCGACCGCCAAGCGACCAUGUCUUGGGACUUCCCUUAAACCUGCAGGACCACCACGAAGUAUUUUCAGCUAUCUGGAGAACUGAGAGUUUGUUUCCAAUAACCAGUAUUAUUGGCAAUUAAUGCAAUGUCAAACUUUUCUAUUGUUUAUACCAAAUCCCAGGAUUGUAUGUUUUAAAGUUUGCCUUGUUUUUGCUUUAUAUUUUUAUCAUGUAAAUAUUGUGAUUUGUGAAGUGAUGUAAUUUUAUUUGUUUUUAUAAAUUGUAAAUUAAAGUGUAUUUUAAAUGA